AUUCGACGAAAUUCAGUCGUUCAGUCGGUGGGAUAUAGAUCAGUACGCGUAUCGUAGAGAACAAGACGCGACCGUACGGUUCGUAAUCGGACGAUCCGUAUAUUUCGAAAAACUUGGCGCCCCGACAAGAUGCGUGUAAUAAUUAUUUGUACGACCAUUAUUUUGGUGUUUCUGUGUGUUGUGUUUGGUAAAAAUGUGGAUAACAUCAGAUACAAGAGAACGAUUGAAGAAAGUAGUUGUACACACGUCGGACAAUUCUUAAACUUGAAGAAUAUCACUGUGACUAUGGUCUCAACGAAAGGUAGCAAAUGUGGCGGUCAAUGCUGUGAUGAUAAAACGGAGACAUUAUUGAGGAAGCAGGGACAGAAGGACUUUGCCGAUCUUUUACGACACAAUUCAAGGUCGUUACAAGGACUGCUUACGUCUACGGCUACAACUUUACAAAACCACGUAUUCGAAUUGGCACGUCAAUCCGAAAACAAAACCCUCCUCCUAUUCCAACAAGUUUACCGAGGCAUGGCGAGCCUCUCCCGCGCCCCAAUCACCCAAUUAUACAAGGAUAUCCGGAAUUAUAUCUGGAUAAACACGACCGAACCGAAAGCCGUCUUCAAUCCCGAAGAUAUAAUCAACAGCGUGAACGAUUUCUUCACGGAAUUGUUCCCGCUGGCCUACCACCAUUCCGCGGACAUAUCCGGCAAAGAUUUCACGCCCAGAUACAAGGAGUGCGUGAAAAAAUCCAUGGAAAGCGUGUCGCCUUUCGCGGAAAUCCCCAAACAAAUCGGAUCGGCUCUGUCGAAGAGCUUGGAGGCCACCAGGCUGCUGCUGCAGGCUUUCCGCAUCGGUUCCGAGGUGCUCAACACCACCGAUACUCUGCUCAUCGACGAACACGGCGGCGAGAAUUCCGAAUGCCACGACGCCCUGCUGAAGAUGACGUAUUGUCCGAGAUGUUUGGGGUUGCUGAAGCACACGAAACCGUGCAGCGGUUACUGCCUCAACGUCUUGAGGGGCUGUAUCACGAAGUACGUCGCCGAACUCGAUCUACCUUGGAACGGAUUCGUCGAAGGCGUCGAGAGUCUGGUCAACGCCAUGAAGAGGAGCGGCACCGACGCCGACGUCAACGUCAACGCCGUCAUCAAGAAUUUGGACAACAAGAUUUCGACGGCCAUCAUGAAGUACAUGGAAAAAGGGAAAGACAUCGACGUCAAGGUCAGGAAAAUUUGCGGUUCGGCUGAAUUUUCCUCGAAAGAAAAUCCCCUUCUAGCGGAAACCAGCACGGCAGCACCGACGCCGAUGAAUGGCAAACCUCGUAGUACCAAUCCGACGAAUUUUUCGCCGUUACCCGAAAACGAACUUUCCCAUUUCCUAUCGGCGAUCGCUAAAACUAAAGGUUUCUACCUCAAUUUGGCGAAUACCCUUUGCCAGGACCCUUCCUUCGCCGAAAGGAAAGACCAGCAAUGUUGGAACGGCGAAAGGAUAGCAGAAUAUACGAAAACCGUGGUCGAAGUAGGCUUCGACAAUCAAAAAUAUAACCCGGAAGUCAAACCCAAUACCAAUACGCAAAAUAUCGAUCCCAGAGUAGCGAAUUUAGUCGACAAAUUACGCCGAGUACAUCACAUGGCUAUAAGUUCUGUGGGUCCUAAUUAUUCGGAAUCCGAUAUGCAACGAGACGGUACCGAAGGAUCCGGUUCUGGAGCCGGUCCUGACAUCGAAGACGAAGAAGAUGAAGUGAGAGGAUCGGGAUCGGGCGACGGACCUUCAACUAAUGAUUAUAUUGAAGGCGAACAACGUAACAAUUUGAAUAACGUGAAUAUUAAUAAUAAUCAACCUACAGCUGGUUCGAAGCCGCCGACUACGCACGAUCAACCACCGAUCGUGCACGUGGUGGGCGGUAACGGCAGUAGGAAUUCUCCUACUUCUCUGGUGAUUUUAGUGAUUAUAUCGUGGAAAUGCAGACUUUUUAUGUAAAAAUUAAUUAAUAACAACAGAGAAUUAUAAAUAAAAGGGAUACGUGAGUGAAAAAGUAUGGUUAUAAUAGGAGAGUGAUUGAAGUGUCGAAUGUUAUUUAUUUAAAUGGUGCCAUUUUUAUUCUUCUUUUUUUUCGAUCGUAACUUGAAAAAUUCUGCUUGAGAUAACAUUUUAUCUAUAUCGUUAUAAAGUGAGGUUAUGUUAUUAUUUACAAAUGAAAAUAAUUGCUAAUUGGUUAUUGCGUUUUAUUAAGAAGAUAAUUUGAUUUAAUUUAUCAACAUAUUUGUCCUUAAUUAAUCAUAUUUCGAUAAAUAUGGUUAUCAUUUAUUAUUUGUUUUUCAUAUAAUGAUUGAAAAAUUAGUUUAGUUAGUUUUAUUUUAAAAAAAUUAUCUCAAUAACUUUCAAAAUUCGAGAAAAACUCAAUUAUCAAACCGUGAAGUAUACAGGGUGUGUGGAUGUAACUAAAAUGUAGUUAAUUAGAAUCGAAAUUGUUUUUGGUUAAUUUUUUACCAAAAAAAUGACUAUAAUUGAGAAAAAAACGGUUUAUUGCAUCAAUACUCUCGAUUAAAAAGUCGAAUUGAUGUUUUUAUAACUAAAAAAUCAUUUUUUUUUUCAAUUUUCAUAUUUCAGAAGCUCAAAACGAAGUAAAAACCGAAACAAAUCAUUUUAAAACCCCUUUAGGUCUCUGAAGAUGAUAAAAGUGUUCGAAACGCUCGUUUGAUAGAGUAAUCAUGAUUAUUGGUAUAGUAUACAAUGUGAUUACCAACAACCGAUACCAAAAUUGUCACUUUGUUGAUUUCUGAAGUUCGUUUGACACUAAAAUUGCUCAAAUUUUUCAUAAAACGUAUUUUCAACGAAUUUGUCUUAAUAAAACUUAUUUUUUUUUUUAGAAAAUUUUGUACCUUUAAACACUUGAAACCAGUAGCUCAAAACUUAACGAGAAAAAAAUUAAGUUACGAUUGAUAAAAACGAGAAAAAAAAACUAUUAUCAAAAAUUUUUUUAAAAAUUUAUGCUAUACGAAAUUAAUAUAAAUAAAAACGAAAAAAAAAAUAUACGGGGUCGUUCGUUAAAGUUGAAAUAUCAAUUAAUAACAAUCGGUUAACAAUUAAAAGAAAUUUAUUUAAUGUUACAAUGGGAAUUGGAAGGAGGCACAUCGACGUAAUUAUAAUAAUUAAAGGGUUUAAUGAUAAAAAUUUAGGUAUAGGAAUGUAUGGUACAAAAUAAGAGUGAAAAUAACGAAAUUUUGGAAUUCUAGUGAGGAUUUAUAUUUAAUAACCUUAUUUAUAGAUACAAGAAAUUUUUUGAAAAAUUUCUUAAUAAAUUGAUUUCUGUAGCAUAAAUUCGAAAUGAACUUUCAAUUUUUUUUAUACAAAUAACGUGAAUUUAAUCAAUUUUCGAAUAGAAUUGUAGUUUUAUAACCUCCCCGAAUGUGUAAACUCUUUGUUGUGACAUGCUAUUACUUUAUAAGUAUUAAAAGUUGCCAAUUAUGAUAAUUCUUAUAUCGAAAUAUUAUUAUUUCAUUUUCGAAGUAAAAUUUUUGCAGCUACUUACGAUUUACGAUCAAUACACGUAUACACACAAACAGGCACUUUUUGUAAUCCCGUAAUUUUUCGUUAAAACUUUGUAAAAUAGGAAAAAAA